GCGCUCUGCAUCCCUGGACCAAACAUUCGGACAAGUGUAACCCGAACCUAAAGUAAAGUGCAGCCAUUUUGUAGAAAAAAGGCAGAAAUUAUUAUUUAAAAAGAUGACGUGCGGAGCAGAAUGCCUGUCUCUCGGGCCUCCGCCAGACUCCAUUCUGCACAUGCCGCCGCCGCCUUUACCGGCUUUCCUCGCCAAUGCUGCCAACUUAACCCCACCGUGCAAGGCUUCCAUGUGCCCUCCUCUGCAGAAUCAGGAAGAAAACGCUUUAUUUCCCGGUGUGGAAUACCACGAGCUGCCUAGACACGAGCCUGCAGCUAACGAUGAUACGUGGUUCCUGGUUCUGAUCACUUGCUGCAUCGCCGUGCUUUGCAUAGCGGCUCUGCUGGCUCUAUUUUUGCUCAAAUGUCGAGAGGCUCGGGGUGGAUGCAAAAGCGGCACAGGAAAAGCGAGCGGUUCCAACGCUCUCUAUGGAGGAGCAGCGCUCGACUCUCGCGUCCUCUGGGCUGCCCUGACUCCGCGAGGCACCAGGCAUUUUGUCGCUGACACCUAUCCACACGAUGAGACUGAAGACCACCAUUACGAAUGCGUGGAACCUCCACUUUACAAGCUCGGUCCACCUGAAGACUUGGCAAUCACUCGCCACUUUAAUGUGGAAUACGAAGACCCUGCGCCCCUGAUAGAAAGCUAUGCUGAAAGAACUGAGGAAUAUUUCCGCAAUGGACUAGACACUAUGCGCCGAGGGAAUAGACCGUUGGUCUCAUCUCCAACCAGGAUUGAGCGUCCAAAUUUACCUCCAUUGAACCUUCAGCCACGAACGCUGCGAAGGACAGCGCAUUCUCGACGAGUAAGCGAUGCGAAUAACCCUGAAAAAUCGGCUAUCUGAACCGAGAAUGGCGCGGUCUUUUCCGUCGCCGACUCCACCGAAAUGGACUACGAUUGGCAGCCGACGCAACCCGCCGUCGACCGCCUUGUGUAAGGGCCAUUUUUUACACUCAUCUUACAAUAAUCAAGAAUCAUAAUCUCCAAAGAACUGUGUGUGGCUGCUAAGUGUGGCUUUGCUUAUACUACUUAUCUACGCCAUAGCAUAGAUCUCCUACCUUUUUUACCCGUGUAAAUAAGUUUCUAUGGAAAUAUUUCUAGUAGCAAUGUGCAAUGUAAAUUCUGUAACGCAUUUAGUCAUAUUUAGUUACUAGUCUUUUAGAUUGUAAGUCACAUGUUCUAGUCACAAACACUAUCUAUCUAACAUCGAUUUGUCUAUCUCACUAUAUCUAUAGAAUCUUUGUAUGUAAAUUUAUUGAUGUCUAUAAUAUUCUCCGCAAGUCACUUAUCAUAAUAACAGUAGAGAUACUCGUAAUUUCUUUACAAAGCUAAUAAAUUAAAAUUAUUUAUAAUUUAACAACCAUCAUUUUUGUACGUACUUAA